AACCACUGCUAAAAAUCCUUAAAUAAUAAACCCUCCGUUCUCAUUUUCUUAACCAAUCAAACCCUUUUUCUCGAUGUGCAUUUGGUCCUCUAUUCGACCAGCCAAGUUUUCUUCAUUUUCUUUAUCUAUAGAACUGGUUUUAAAUCUUGGGUAUUUUAGGUUUUUUUGUUGUUGAUUUUGGUACCCAAUGAUAUUAGAUUUUCGAUGAGAUCAGUCCUCAUGCCUCGAAUCCGUGCUCUUCACUCGUUUUCAGUCGUUUUCCUUUAUUGGUUCUAUGUUUUCUCAUGAACUAGAUCAGACCCUUUCUUUGUUUUCAGAAUUUGUUUUAUUAAUUCUUGUUAAAUUAUCCUGGUUUUAAAAACAACAAAUUAGUUAGAAACCCAGUUUUUUUUCUGUGAUGGCUGCUUCUGUGCAAAGGCCAGCGAGUUCCGGAUCCGAGUCCGACCCGAGGUAUGCAAACAUCGACGAGAGGAAAAGGAGGAGGAUGCUGUCGAACCGUGAGUCGGCAAGGCGGUCGCGUAUGAAGAAACAGAAGCUGAUGGAAGAUUUGUGUAACGAAGUGAGUUUGUUGCAGAAAGAGAAUAGCCGGCUAUAUAAAGAGAUCAACGCCUCAACCCAACACUACAUCGAGAUGGAAUCUGCCAAUAACCUGUUGAGAGCUGAAGCUAUGGGAUUAACGGAGAGAUUGCGGUCACUGAACUCCGUGCUGCACAUUGUGGAAGAAGUAAAUGGGUAUGCGGUUGAAAUACCGGAAAUCCCAGAUGAUUCUUUGUUUAAGCCGUUGGUGGUGGCAGUUCCCGAAGCUAAUUAUGGUGUUAGCCGAUGAUAUAUGCUUGAAUUUUUUGGAGUCGGCUUGUGCUCGUGAGUAUUCGAUACCAUUAUCUUCUUCUUCCUUGUAUUACUGUUUAACGGUGAGCUUCAUUGAAUUUUGGGUUGAGUCUGCUUUUUGGGUUUUUCAUGGAAAUUUUGUUUUCAAUUGCAUGCAAUUGUAUUGGUCUUUAUUCGUCAGUUUCUUUGUAAUUAGUUGUUGAAUUUGGAUUAAUUGCUUCAGACAUCCCAAA